UAUUUUCUGCCCUUGAAUUUUUAUUUCUGACUCUGACACAUUUAUUGUGAGGUUAGGACAGUUCAACCUAGAACGAUUACGUCAGGUCGUCAGUUUGAAUUGGUAGCUGGAUUGAGAUAGGCUUUGGGAUGGAUCAAGCUUCAGCUCAUAUUUUGUUUUCUGCUUUAAAAAUAGCAGUUUUUUCUAUAGGAGGUGUGAGGCUUUUUGAAGAAGUUUUUCUCAGUUAUUUUCCUCUUGGGGUCUUGAUAAUAGUGGCCAUAGUGUGUAGUGUAUUUUACUACAGGGUGCCACCCCCGAGCUCUGAUGUUGUUGAAGCGAUUUUAGGGAAAGAUUUAUCAGAAAUAGAUAAUGGUAGUUCCCAGUAUGUUGUUAAGACAGUGGCUCAUAGGGGGGCAGGUUUGGAUGCCCCAGAAAACACUUUAGCCGCUUUUAAAAUGUGCAAGGACAAAGGCUGUGACUUCAUCGAAUUCGAUGUAUGCCUGACGGCAGACGGUGUGCCUAUUGUUUUCCAUGAUAGUUCCACUGGAAGAAUGGCUGAUUUAGACCUAGUAAUUAAUGAGAAAAACUGGGCUGAUCUAUGCAAUAUUAACUUAUCAGCCAAGCAUCCUUUCAAGGAUCGCUAUCCACAAACUAACAUCCCAACACUUGAUCAAACAGUUAACCAAUUGUUAGCAGCUGGACAAAGAAUGUUUAUUGACAUUAAAGACAAUGACACAAAGAUGGUCAAAGUGAUUUUGGACCUCUUUGAAAAAUACCCUGAAUUAGAAAGCAAAGCCUUGGUGACAUCAUUCUACCCUUUUUUGAUAUAUCAGAUUAGGAGAAAAAAUCCCAACAUAGUUUGCUCUAUGGCAUGGAGACCAUAUGCUUUCAUUUAUGAAUCAUUCAACUACGCUCAAGGGCCAGGUCCAAGACGUGCAAAAACUUGGUAUCUACACUUAUACCUGCAAAUCUGUGAUAUUUUACAGGAAUGGCUAUUGCCUCGAGUAACCUACUAUUUCUUAGGAUUAUCUGUCAUUCUUUUGCAUAAAGAUGCCUUAGGACCGAAAACUAUUUUGGAUUGGCGGAAUAAGGGAGUAAGAGUGAUGGCUUGGACAGUAAACAGUCCAAUAGAGAAGCAGUACUUAGCCAAAGUGCUUAAAAUAACUUAUCUCACUGAUACUUUCACUGGAGAGAGCAGUACUCAUUCAGGUCUAUGACGAUGACUAUUUUUUAUCAUUCAAUGUGUACUUGUGAACUAUGCAUUUGUCUACAAUUUUUUAAUUGAGUUUUAAUUUAUUGUAUGUAAUCGAAAAUUUACAAUUAAAGCAAUAUUGUGUAAACUGA